GUUCGUGUCAAGCCUUAGCUUCACACACACCUCCUUUCUCCCAGACACGCUCGAAGUCACUACACACGCGUGAACACCAUCUUUCCAAUUUCACGCCGCACGCUCCUCCACGCGCCUUCUCCGGAUCCGCCCUUUUCACCCGCCGGAGAGAUCCACCGUCUUCUUAUCCUCUCUCCCGUGGACAUCAACUGGCUUUUUGUGAUACGUACACGUGGAGAAUUCAAACCACAGAAGUAAAAAGUUGGAAACUUUUUCACCAAUAACCGAUUCUUGAGCAGCAAGGUUUUUAAGUUAUGGUAACAGACAUGCAGAAGCUGCUUGGAGCUAGUGAAGAGGAUGAUGAAGAAGAGAUGGACGCGGAUGUGAAGGAAGAAGAUGAUGGGAAUAGAGGAGGAGGAGGAGGAGGAGCAUGUGCAGCAGCUUCAGGGAGUAGUAAUGACGAGUUUAUGUUUCAGCAGUCAAUGCAAGACCAAGUUGAUACUCCUGGGGGAAGUCGCAGGAGUAGACCGGUUGAAGAGAAGGAAAGGACUAAGUUGAGAGAGAGGCAUCGGAGAGCUAUCACUGCAAGGAUCUUAGGUGGGUUAAGAAGGCAUGGGAAUUAUAAUCUGAGGGUUAGAGCUGAUAUCAAUGAUGUUAUUGCCGCUUUGGCUAGAGAAGCUGGGUGGGUUGUUCUUCCUGAUGGAACUACUUUCCCAUCUAAAUCUCAGGGGAUGAAGGCUCCUCCUGGUGGCUCUACUGCGGUUGGUGGUGGUUCAUCAGCUUCCCAAAUCAUGGGAUCACAUCAAUCUUCACCUCCUGCUCUUAGAGGAGUAUCGUUAUCUGGGCAUAGGAGUCCAACGGAGCUCAACUCUUGCCGUAUGAAAGGUGUUUUCGCACCUACUCCAUCGCCAUAUGAUGUACCCCUGACUCAAUCUUCAGAACUGAUUAGCAGUGUAAAUAAGGCUGAUGGGCUUAUUGGCUGUUCUGUCGAUGUUAUCAACUCUAAACAGAUUCUCGAGAUUCCUCCAAAUAUGACAGAGCAAGAUUUCUCUGGCACUCCAUAUGUUCCUGUUUAUGUGAUGUUACCACUAGGGGUUAUCAACAUGAAGUGUGAACUGGCUGAUAGAGACGGACUGCUAAAGCACUUGAGGAUAUUGAAGUCAAUCCAGGUAGAUGGGGUUAAAGUGGAUUGCUGGUGGGGAAUAGCUGAGUGUCAUUCACCCCAAGAAUAUAACUGGAAUGGUUAUAGGCAGCUUUUUCAGAUAGUCCGUGAUCUUAAUCUUAAGAUACAGGUUAUAAUGUCCUUUCAUGAAUGUGGGGGCAAUGUUGGUGAUGAUGUUUGCAUUCCACUUCCUCACUGGGUUGCAGAAAUUGGGAGAACCAAUCCUGACAUAUACUUCACUGAUAGAGAAGGAAGACGAAACCCUGAGUGUCUUUCUUGGGGUAUAGACAAGGAACGUGUUCUAAGAGGCAGAACUGCACUUGAGGUGUACUUUGAUUACAUGAGAAGUUUCCGGAUAGAACUUGCCGAGUUUGUAGAGGAUGGAGUAAUAUCUAUGAUUGAGAUUGGACUAGGCCCUUGUGGAGAGCUACGGUAUCCUUCUUGUCCCAUAAAGCAUGGGUGGCGAUAUCCAGGUGUUGGAGAGUUCCAGUGUUAUGACAAGUAUCUCCUGAAGAGCCUGGGGAAGGCAGCAGAAUCAAGAGGGCGUCCGUUUUGGGGUCGAGGACCAGAGAACGCUGGCUCCUACAACUCCCAACCGCAGGGAACAGGUUUCUUCUGUGAUGGAGGUGACUAUGAUGGUCUCUACGGGAGAUUCUUUCUCAAAUGGUAUUCACAGGUUUUGAUAGAUCACGCUGACAAAGUCCUCUCUCUCGCUAAACUAGUCUUUGACACUAGCUGCAUCGCCGCAAAGCUCCCAGACGUCCAUUGGUGGUACAGAACAGCAAGCCAUGCAGCUGAGCUAACCGCUGGUUUCUACAACCCGAGCAACCGAGAUGGUUAUGCUGAAAUUGCAUCUACACUAAAGAAGCAUGGUGCCACUUUAAGUUUUGUAUCAGGAGAAGUGCAAGUUCUAAACCGUCCUGAUGAUUUCUCAGGAGCAUUAGGAGAACCUGAGGCUGUAGCUUGGCAGGUAAAGAAAAAGAACUUGGAAUCACAUAUUGGGUUCCAUCUCCAAAACCUCCUAAUAUAUAAACUUGAAAUAUGUGUGUUCCUUUGCAGGUGUUAAACGCUGCAUGGGACACUGAGACACCAAUAGCUAGAGAGAACUCGCUUCCUUGUCAUGAUAGAGUUGGGUAUAACAAAAUGUUGGAAAGUGUCAAGUUUCCAAACGAUCCAGAUACAAGGCAUUUGUCAUCGUUUGCUUACAGUAGGCUCGUUCCAGCUCUUAUGGAAGGACAUAACCUUGUUGAGUUUGAUCGGUUUGUCAAGAAACUGCAUGGUGAAGCUGUAAUGGAUCAUCAUCAUCAUCAUCAACAGGUGUAGAGUUUAGUUUCUCCCAUAAGAAAAAGAUGAGCUAAGAUUAUUCACUGUCAAUGUUAUUAAUUCUAGUAGUUUAGCAUCAUUUCUGUAAAUUUUAUUUAUUAAAAAUUUUAAGAGAAAGACAGAGAGACAUCACUAAAAGCCUCAAUGUGGCUUUGGCUAAACCAUAUGAUAAGUUGUUAGCCAUAGUACUUAAAUACUUAUAAUCCAUAAGGUUUAGUAAUUCCACAUUUGAC